GACGUGAGGAGAGGAGCGGAGGGGAGCGGGCGGGCUGGCUGCGGGGCGGCGGCUGCAUGGCGUUCUCCCGGUGGUCGCUGGCGCCCGAGGAACCGGGCAGCGCUUUGGCGUGACGCCUCGGCGCCGCUGUCGCUGCGGGUCGUCACCGGCUCGGAGCCUCCCUCCACGAGAGAAGGGAGCGGAGCGACAGCGACAAGAUGAUCGAAACGCUUGUAACUACCGAAGCUCAGGAACUGCUGUACCAGCUCACGGCCCUGUUGGAACAGGAGUUAAGAUGUCAGCCAAAGGCCUCUGGCCUGAGACUAAUUGAAUCUGCUCACGAUAAUGGCCUCCGAAUGACUGCGAGGCUGCGAGACUUUGAAGUGAAAGACCUCCUCAGCUUAACUCAAUUCUUUGGCUUCCAUACAGAGACGUUUUCACUAGCUGUGAAUUUCUUAGAUAGAUUCUUGUCAAAAAUGAAGGUACAGCCUAAACACUUGGGCUGUGUUGGACUCAGCUGCUUCUACUUGGCUGUGAAGGCAUCAGAAGAAGAGAGAAAUGUUCCCUUAGCCACUGACUUAAUUCGAAUAAGCCAGUAUAGGUUCACUGUUUCCGAUAUGAUGAGAAUGGAAAAAAUCAUAUUGGAGAAGCUGUCUUGGAAAGUCAAAGCUACAACAGCCUUCCAAUUUCUACAACUAUAUCAUUCGCUCAUUCAUGAGAAUUUAAGCUGUGAAAGGAGAAAAUACCUCAGUUUUGAGAGACUUGAGACCCAGCUCAAAGCAUGUCACUGCAGAAUCAUGUUUUCAAAAGCCAAGCCUUCUGUCUUGGCACUGUCUAUCAUGGCACUAGAGAUAGAAGAACAAAAACUACUGGAGUUGACAGAGGCAUUGGAAUUUCUGCAGUUGCAUUCCAAGAUAAACAACAGAGAUUUGACCUUCUGGAAGGAACUGGUGUUAAAGUGCCUUACAGAAUAUUCCUCGAGCAAGUGUUCCAAACCAAAUGUCCAGAAAUUAAAAUGGAUUGUGUCUGGACGUACAGCACGGCAGCUUAAACAUAGCUACUACAGAAUAACACAUCUUCCUACAAUUCCAGAGACCAGCUCAUAACCGGAGUAUAAUAAAACGAGGAGAGAACCAUCCUGUGACCUUGUUAACAGACACAUGAAUAUCUGAGAAACAAAGUCUGAAACAUGAUCUUAAUAAUGAAGAACUCAACUCAUGGAAAGAAUAUGUAACAUUUCAGACUAAAGAUCAUUCCAGCAAA